AUGAACAGCCUACUACUGCAUCUGUUGCUCAUACUACUAAUACCCACGGUGGCUAACGCUUUGUCAUUGAAUCUAUGUUCUAAUACAAAUUUAGGGGGUGACAAAACCUCAAGUCAAUUUAUGUCCAAUGGGCUUUGUCGAGAUACUUGUUCUGACGGAGGAUAUGCUGUUGCAGUAUUGUCUGGCUAUGAUUGUUAUUGUACAAACAACGUCCCCGCUGACACUGUUGACAUGUCGAACUGUGAAGUAGGAUGUCCAGGGUACAAAGAUCAGGAGAAUUGUGCAGGUGAUGGAUCUUAUGGGUAUUUAGUGAUCACCAAUCCUUCUGCUACCGUUGGUGCCAGUCCAUCCUCUUCUUCUACAAGAACUACUGGUACCACUUCUUCUUCAUCGUCAUCUAGUAGAAGCUCUUCUACAUCAUCAAGUUCUACAAGUACUACAACAUCAUCAAGUUCAACAAGUUCUACUUCCACAAGUACUACGUCCUCUACUUCAUCAACUCCAUCAUCUACGUCAUCUUCACCUCCUCCAGACCCUUCAACUACAUCUUCACCUCCUCCAGACCCUUCAACUACAUCUUCAUCAUCCAGUAGUACUUCAACCACGUCAUCAUCAUCAUCAUCAUCAUCUAGCACCAGUUCAUCAUCAACUCGUACAUCAACCCCUACUACUUUGGUGACAAGAACCACCGAGAUCACUCAAACCCACCUGUCUAAUAAUAUUGUCAAAAUAACAGAAUACUAUACAGCAACUAUUACUCCAUCUCCACCUUCCACCUCAGAAUCCCCAUCGUCGUCUUCAGAGACAGAAGAAGAGGAAGAACUGUCUUCUGAAUCACCACUAAUCUCAACUAAGAUUGAACCUUCCACGAUUUAUUCAAUUUUGACUAUUAACGGUACUCAAACACAAGAGAUUAGAACAGUAUUUGUUACCAGAACCCCAACACAAGUUGACGACUCAACUGCUUCAGAGACCGAUUCAACCACUCGUCAUCGUUCACAAGACGCUUCCACAGUUCCAACGGAUUCAUCAACAAAUGCAAAUAUGUCAGGUGAUCCACAGUCUUCAAACAGUGCUGAUGGGGGAGAUGGUAAAGAUCAGAACAAGAGUUCGUUCUUCGAUGAUACCAGCAAAGUUGCUGGUACAUUUUCUGCAGUGGGAAUUGUUGUUGUUGGUAUUGUUUGCGGUGUUUUAUACUGCUGUUGUUGCUUUGGUGGAGGACGUAAAGGUAAGAACGAUGAUCAUGAUGGUUUCACUGACGAAGAAAAUCAGUAUAGUUCUGAUGAGUUGUCAAUUAAUCACGAAAAAGUUGUCUUACCUCGUAGUAAACAAUCUUCAUUCUCAUCCUUGAACAGAAAUAAUUCAGGCAAGUCAUUGUUUGCUUAUUUCACUGGUGAUAAAAAGAGUGACGAUGGAGUUACUAGAAGUUCUUCAAGAAAGAAAUUAAUGAGUAGAAGAAAUAGCACAAUCAAUGGUCAUAAUGGACCUGCUGGUGCUCAAUCUACUGAUGGUGAUGGUGGAAUUAUGUUCCCAAUCAAUGAACUAGACUCAAGGCUAGAUCCAGAUACAAUGUUUUUAAAUCACAACUUUUCCAACAAAUCAUUUGGGGAUGACCAUGAUUAUUCCAGAAAGUUAAAGGUCACUAACCCAGAAUAA